GCAGUGGUGAGACACAAACAUGGCGGCACCGGAGAAGUCCACAAAGGAGCGGCUUUUAUCCACUUUAGAUGAUUUAGAGGUGUUGUCCAGAGAACUGAUUGAGAUGUUGGCCCUCUCGCGGAGUCAGAAAGCCCCGCAGCCCGGUGAAGACACGCAGGUGCUGGAGCUGCUCGUGCAGAGGGACCGUGAGUUCCAGCAGUUGAUGCAGCAGGCGGUUGAGCAGGGCGGGCGGCAGCAGGAGAUGGGGGACCUGGAGAAGGAGCUGGACAAGAGGGACUCCGACAUCCAGCAGCUCCAGAAGCAGCUCAAGGAGGCCGAACACAUCCUGGCCACGGCAGUGUACCAGGCGAAAGAGAAGCUGAAAUCCAUAGAAAAGGCACGCAAAGGGAGCAUCUCUUCUGAGGAGAUCAUCAAAUACGCCCACAGGAUCAGCGCCAGCAACGCCGUCUGUGCCCCCCUCAACUGGGUACCAGGUGACCCCCGGAGACCCUACCCUACAGAUUUGGAGAUGCGCAGUGGAAUGUUGGGUCACAUGAGCAACCUGCCGACCAAUGGCGUUAAUGGACACCUGCCCGGGGACGCACUAGCAGCAGGCCGACUUCCAGACAUUCUGACUCCUCAGUACCCCUGGCAGUCUACAGACGUCUCCAUGGGCAUGCUCCCCCCUCACCAUGGCAACGAGUUUGGGCCCGGACACAACAAGGAGAACGAGGACGACGUGGAAGUCAUGAGCACAGACUCCUCCAGCAGCAGCAGCGACUCUGACUAGUGUGUGUGUGUGUGUGUGUGUGUGUGUGUGUGUGUGUGUGUGUGUGUGUGUGUGUGUGUGUGGUCAUGAGCACAGACUCCUCCAGCAGCAGCAGCGACUCUGACUAGUGUGUGUGUGUGUGUGUGUGUGUGUGUGUGUACAGUUGUUUAUCAUGGUAUGUAAAUAAAGCAUCUCUUGUAAACUAA